AUGCUGCCGUUAACGUCGUGGGAGGCGGCGGAAGGUUCCCGGAGGCGGGAGGAGCAGCCGGAGGUCUCGUGGUCGACAUUGUUUGGCCGCGCCGUGAAAGAAUCUUACCGUUACGUUGUGGUGGGGUACUCCAUGGCGAAAGGAAUGGGGAUCGGGAAGUUCCUUGCGAGCGAGAUCUUCUUGGUGGGGAGAUAUCUGUGGGUUAUCUACUUCUACCCGGAAGGCAAGAACCGGGAGGAUGACGAUUACGUGUCCGUUUUCGUUAACAAGAUCACCAAUGAUCCAUAAGUGAGAGCCCCUUUGAACUUAUUUUGGUGGAUCAGAGCGGCAAAGGAGAGCACAUAGUGAAAAGCCGUUUUGGUGGCAAGCGGCCUGACGGACCACUCCGCCUAUGGGGAUACAAGCACAUGUAAUAUGUGUGCCUCAGCGUGAUGUCCUUCACCUCGUUGUGAGACAAAGCUGCUCGAUGACUUGGACGAUCUUUAUUUCUACAUUACGAACAUUCUGUCGACUCUGUUGGCCCUUCAUUUCCGACCACUUUCCUGUUUUCAUCUGAUUUUUCUAGCGUAUGGUUGAAACAACGUUUUAGCUUCUGGUGUGUGUUCUACGCCGGUUUCUCCUCAUGUCCAUGUGUUGAGACCCAAACAACCCAAAUGGGCUCAAUAGGAAAGAGGUCCCGAAGAAGUCGGCCCAGCCCAGGAACAAGGCAAGGCUGACAGGAGUCAGACGUCUAUGGGAACAAACGCACGUGGGAGCCUGCGGCAGGAGACGUGUGCGGCGGAUGGAAUUCGGCGGGGAACCUGGCAGACCCGACAACGAUGGAGCGCGGCAAGGCUCAGGUCCCGUCGGACCCAAUCGGAGUGAACCGGGAGGCGGUCGCGACGCCAGAGGGCUUCGGCUAUAAAGAGGGGCCGAGCGGCCACAGUAAGCGGAGGUCGGAAGAACCUCGUGAAGACUCCGUGCGGAGUGGAGAUUCGCCCUCUCGAAUCGGCGGCCCCAAGACCUGAGUGGUCUUGGUUAUUGUUCUCUCUCUCUCUAUAUCCCCCGUAUCCCUCGUCGACUGUCGUCCUCUCUUCCUCUCUCUCGCCGACUUCUCAGCCGUUCUCGGCCUUCCGGCAGGAGUUAUCCGGAGCCCCAGGCAACCGGAGUUUUGUAUCAGGCCAGUUUGUUAUCAAACUCGUCCGUAUUUUGACACCUCAGCCAGAGGGUCGUCAUCACCAUGUUCCCUUUUGUCUCUGUCUCUAUGCGGAUUUGAUUCAUCGUGUGAGUCGUUGCAGAGGGCUUCACCAUGUUACAUCACGACGAGUUCCUUCUAAUUUGCCGCUGCAAUUGCAGGGGUUCGAACAGAUUUAUCAAGAAAGCAGCUCUCGAAAGAUCGGCCUAUCUUCAGGAAGAUUCUGAUUAUACUACCAUGGAAAGAUCGGCCGAUCAGCAUUGUCAAGAUUCUCACGAUCGCCAUUUCUAGGACUCGCACAGUGACGCCCGGCCAGUGGAGUAUUCCUGUUCCUCCGUCGGACUUGGGUCCAAGUCUGGACGAAUUGUUGAUGACUGAGAUGGGUUCCGACAUAGUUUUUGUGGUGGUUGACAAGUUUUUUAAUCCCUACAAGCUGAUUCUUGCUGCUCGCUUUCCCGUAUUCCAUGCCGAGUUCUUUGGUAUGAUCGGGGAUCCGAAUUUAGAUUGAGUCGAGAUGGAGGAAAGAGAACCUCCUGUUUUAAGGUAGCUUUCAUCAGCAUUCUCUCAUAUUAUCAUGAAAUUUUCUAUUGGCCUAUUUGCUCCAAACUCUUGCCAACUUUGGUCGCUGCGCAUUUUAUUUGCACAAAUAGCGAGUUUUACAUGAGUUCCUGAAUGCUUAUGGUAUUCAGAGCUCUGUAUACCUUUAAUACGCAAAGAAUGGAUGGAUUUGUCUCUAGAGGACCCUUAAACUUGUGUAGAGAUAGAUCACCGUGGAAGCUCCCGCUCCCGAGAUAGUUUUCUGACAAUGAACGUUAUGAAAAUGGUUAAUUCUAUUAUUCGAAACGGAGGGGAGGAGCACAGGAUCUGCUCCAGCUGGUCAUUAAACAAGUUACUGGAGCUGUUGGAUUUCCCUUUUGUUCUAUGAGCUCAUUCAUUCUGUGUAGAAUCUGAGAAAUUGACGGCAGUUGGGUCGGUCAAGAGAGUUUGAGAAUGAUGGGCCUGUUCUUGAUAUCAAGAACAGCCAUGCGUUCAGCUGGAAGCAUAUAACAGAUUUUAUAAUUGUCCCGAGAAAAAGUAUGUUCACGGAACCAGUUGUGGGAUGAAAAUCUACAUAGGAGGGGAGACACGGAGGAAGCAAUAUUCAUUCCGAUCGGGUGAUAUAUAUCUCUGUAGGAAGCAUAAUUUUUCAUCUGACCCUAGCGGAGGGGCAUCGCUGCCCCGGCUUGAAGAGUGCAUGUCUGAAGUUCAUUGGCCGGUGCCUCGAAGGUGUGUUGUAUGAUCCGUUAGCCCUUGAUAACAAGACUCGAGCCUUAUUUUACCCGCCUGUGACCAUCCCGCCGUCACCUUUGACGGCAUGGGAUGCCACUUUUGAGGGUAGGAGGUGCUCUGAGCUUCGUUUCGACUUCUGCAGAAGCUGCAUGGGUAAGAUCUGGGGGGACCAUGGGUAGCCUUGUCCGGCCGAGUCUUCCUCCAAGGAAUACUCGUCGUAGAAAGCGGCUAUGGUAGCGCCGCCGGCGAGGUCCCUGACUUGAAUCCUCCCUGGUCAGCCUCCGGCACCGGCCUUCCUCUAUCGCUCCCUGCACAAACGCUGAAGGAUGAAGGAGAGGAGAGAUCCGUCGCUCUCUCUCUCUCUCUCUCUCUCUCUCUCUCUCUCUCUCUCUCUCUCUCUCUCUCUCUCUCUCUCGCUCUACGCGAGCUGUACACAUGAGAAAAGAGCAGUACAGCUUCGAAAUGUCUUCUGUGAGUAGUCUUAGUCGGUUGCUGAUAGCUUAUUUUUGCCGAUUCUCGAGACAUGAUUAUCUAAUUUUCCUUUGCUUGAACUCGGACUAAGAUGCCCAAAUGUCAAAUCAAUCUAUUAGACGAGAAAUGAAGUAUGAACUAAGCAUUUAAUAAGUACCUAAAUGCACCGAAUAUUACAUUUGACCACCCUAUUAAAUCAUCUUAGAUUCAAGAAAGGUAGGGCUUUAAUAUGCCUAUAAAUUUUAAUAAAAUAUUAAAAGAAUUUAAAUUAGAUAAGUACUCUAUCAACACCCUCUCUCAAGUUGUGUUGAUGUCCACUACAUUCAACUUGUUCAUGUUGGAGUUGAAAGAUGUAGGUAAUAACGAUCUUGGAAACACAUGUCAAUUGAUACUUCGAUUAUGUAUCCGAGGGGCAUAAUUCUUUCAAAUCGAUCGUCUUGAAUAAAAUGUCUGACUUUGAUUAUCUAGGGUUGUUGGCAAUAUUUAUUGCAGUUUUACUGUCAUUGAAUGACUUGAGUGCUAAUUCAGCAUGCAACCAAAGAUCAUGCAUAAAAAGUUUAGCCCACAAUAACUAUUAGCCCUUGUGCCAUUUCACAAUAUUCAAUUUUUACAGUCGAUCAUUCCUUUUAGAACGGCUGUCUUUUUUACUUUGCCGUAGGACGAAGAUUACCUCCCACUAAAAUGUAGUAGCCUAUAGAGAGAGAGAGAGAGACAGACAGACAGACAGACAGACAGACAGACAGAGAAAGAGAGAGACAGACAGAGAGAGAGGAGAGAGAGAGAGAGAGAGAGAGAGAGAGAGAGAGAGGAGAGAGAGAGAGAGAGAGAGAGAGAGAGAGAGAGAGAGAGAGAGAGAGAGAGAGAGAGAGAGAGAGAGAGAGAGAGAGAGAGAGAGACAGACAGACAGACAGAGAGACAGAGAUAGAGACAGAGAGACAGAGAUAGAGAGAGAGAGAGAAAGAGAGAGACAGACAGAGACAGAGACGGAGAGAGAGAGAGAGAGAGACAGACAGACAGAGAGAUUAUUUCUAGUUAUCUAUAUCUACAUAGUUAAUUAAACUUAUACGUUCUAGUGGGUUCAUGUCGAUCCUCAUAGAUAUUUGAUAUAAGUACUUCUAAGACGAAUGACUGAAGAACGAGCGUGACGUUUUCAGGGACAUAGCAGUGCAAUGGGAAAACAAAAGGCCUUAUAAAUAAUUCAACUCAAAUUUUCAUUGUUUCAAAAGUGUUUAUGGGUACAAGAAAUCGUAACUGUCUAUAAAAUUUUCUACGGGCUUUUACCGGUUAUUUAUUAUAGGGUUGGCUCGGCCGAGCCGGUCCGACGUUUUUCACAACUGUCUCGCAGCGCGGGGCGGUCACUCCAGCGAGUCUCGCCUCUUGCUUCGACAGUAUUUUCGCCGUCUCCCCGCCGGAGCCAGAGGCGGCGCUGCCUCCGUUCGGAUCAAGAAGGGCCCCUCUCCUUCUCCGUGAAGGCUAGCUAGGGUUUACGCCGGGGAAGUCCCUUCUUCUCUGUGGACUCCGACGGAUUGCGCGGAUUUCUCUUCCGCGCCGGCAAGAAUUCGUCGCCGGAGUCUUCUUUACGAGUUUGGUACUCGGUUCUCGGUGUUCGGGGACCCGAUGAUGUUGCCGUCAACGUCGUGGGCGAGGACGGAAGGUUCCCGGAGGCGGGAGAAGCAGCCGGAGGUCUCGUGCUCGAUGUCGGUGAGUCGCACCGCCUUAGGCUGCUACCGUUACGUCUUGGCGGGGUACUCGGAGGCCAAAAAAUGGGGGUUGGGAAGUUUCUUUCGAGCGGGGUCUUCUCAGUGGCAGAGCAUCGGUGGGCCGCCCACUUCUACCCAGACGGCCUUGGCCCAGAGGACAAUGGUGGUUACGCGUCCCUCUUCAUAACCUUGAUCACCUGGGAACCACACAUUCAAGCGUCCCUGGGCCUUGUCAUAAUCAAUCAGAGGAACAAAGUACGGUGCAACUGGGACACCAUUUCAGGUGGCCACGACCCGGUCAACCCCAAGGAAAAAGGCUUGGGCUGGUAUGUGCGCCCUCCGCGUCUGUGGAUUCACUUCCUGGUGUGAGUGACAAACACGACGAGUUCCUUCUAAUUUUGCCGCUGCAAUUGCAGGGAUUUUUUAAUUUUUCUCAAGAAAGAAGCAGUGGAAAGUUCGGACUUUCUCCAGAACGAUUCUCUUGUUUUCGAAUGCGCAAUCCGCGUUUUCAAGACUUGCACGGUGACGCCCAUACAGCGGAGUAUUCAUGUUCCCCCGUCAACCUUGGGUUGCAGCCUGGGUGAACUAUUGAGGACUGAGAUGGGUUCCGACAUUGUCUUUGUAGUCGCCGACGAGACUUUUAAGACCCACAAGUUGAUUCUUGCCGCUCGCUCUCCCGUGUUCCGUGCCCAGUUCUUCAGUGGGAUCGGUGACCCAAAUUUAGAUAGAGUCGAUGUGGAGGAUAUAGAACCUCCCGUUUUCAAGGUAGCUUCCAUCAGCAUUCUCUGAUCAUAUUACCAUGAAAAUCUUAUUAAUUAGCUUAUUUGCUUCAACCUCUUGCCGAUUUUAAUAAAGUUUCAGCUAAGCGAGUUUCCUUCAAUAACAACCCCCCUUACUGGGAGAGUUGCCACCGGAUCCCAUAAGAACUCCGGAGUUAAGCGUGCUCGGGUGGGAGCAGUCCCCGGAUGGGUGACCUCCCUGGGAAGUCCCCGGGUACGUGUGCAUGCGUUGCGAGACGCUUGCUGUGCAUGUGUUGAAAGGCACCGCUGCAUGAUUGUGCUGCCCAGCACGUGUUACGAACCCCUCCGUCACCAUGCCAAGAUGCCCCAGCUCCGAAGAACGUGCCGAGAGGCACCCCUGCCACCAUGCCGAGAGGCAUAUGUGGCAUCCAUCUCACCAUGCCAAGACGCCCCCAGCUGUGAAGAACGUGUCGAGAGGCACCCCUGCCACCAUGCCGAGAGGCAUAUGUGGCAUCCAUCUCACCAUGCCAAGACGCCCCCAGCUGUGAAGAACGUGUCGAGAGGCACCCCUGCCACCAUGCCGAGAGGCAUAUGUGGCAUCCAUCUCACCAUGCCAAGACGCCCCCAGCUGUGAAGAACGUGUCGAGAGGCACCCCUGCCACCAUGCCGAGAGGCAUAUGUGGCAUCCAUCUCACCAUGCCAAGAUGCCCCCAGCUCCAAAGAAUGUGCCAAGAGGCACCCCUGCCACGAUGUCGAGAGGCGCAAGUGGCAUCUAUCUCCGAAGAAUGUGCCUGAGAGGCACCAAAGUGCUUGGGCGUGUGAAGUACCGGGAUGGGUGACCUCCCGAGAAGUUCGGCCCAAAGACAGUUAUCCUUCAAUAAUGUUUCCUUCAAUACGCCAUUACUCCAAAGGGAGGGGAGGAGCUGAGGAGAGUUUGAGAAUGAUGGGCCUGUUCUUGAUAUAAGAAGGGUAAUGCGUUUCAGCUGGAAGGAUAUAGCAGAUUUCUUUCCUGCUCCACUGAAUGGAUCGGGUGAUGGUAUCCCUGUAGGAGGCAUAAAUUUUCAUCUGGAUGUGAAUAUUUGUCUGCGGUUUUUAAUUUUUGUCUGCAGGCAAUGCUUCAGUUCAUAUACUCCGAUGACUUCCCAGACAUCCAAGAGCUCGCCAUGUCCAUUCCGAUGUGUACCCCGACGAUCUUCCUCCGGCAUCUCCUGGCCGCUGCCGACCGUUACUGGCUGGACCGGCUGAAGCGCCUUUGUGAGCUCAAGCUGUCGGAGGAGAUUACCGUGGACACACUAGCCGACAACCUGGUCCUGGCGGAGCGGCAUCGCUGCCUCGGCCUGAAGGCUGCCGGUCUGGAGUUCAUUGGCCGGUGCCUCCAAGGUGGCUGUGGUCGGUUUGCCCUCGACAACAAAAUUAGAGCUUUUAAUGUUACCGGCCUUUACUACCCCCGCCGUCGCCUUCUACCGGACGUGCGUGUAGCUGUUUGUCAGUGCGUUCCUGAGAUUUUCAUAUAUGAUAUAUGAUUUUAUAUAAGUACAUUGUUCAUUUGAAUUGUCAUUCAAAGUCCUGUGGGUCUGAAAAAAUGUUGGAAUUUCUUUAUUUAGAAAAAUUUUGGACGAAGUUCCAUGGUGGAGAAAUAUUUCCUUUUGUUUCCUCAUUCUCAUUGUAGGGGGGCAAUGAGGGGCAUGCUGCAGACGGUGGCGGUGGUCGAUGGGGAUUCCAGCGGCGGUCGCCGAGGCGGCGGGGAUCGGCGAUGCGCCAGCAGAGGUGGUCGAUGCACAAGAAGAAUAAGAAAUUUGCUCCGAUGGGAGGCCGGCACUUGCGGAGGUGGACGUAGACCGACGGUGGGGGAAUUAAAUUCCUCUUCGCCUCGGAAUUUAAGGGAUCAUAUAUUUGUUUUUCUCCCUCAUAAUCUGAGACUCCGAUGA